GCGGACACGCCGCGGUGGGAGGGCUCUCUCUGACAGGAGGAAGAAGGCUUGUGAGUGGCUUGCGGGAUCUGAGCUUCAAAAGCCGGCUGGUACCUUCUGUAUCUUGUCCUUCGUGACUCCGGGGAUCUAUGGCUAAGAAAGGGAUUARCAUCUGGAAUGCGUGCUGCCUGCUGCUUUAUAUCACCACGGCAGYRCUUGCCAGUCGAGAUUUCUAUAAUAUCCUGGGGGUGAGUAAGACAGCAACCAUCAGGGAUAUAAAGAAGGCCUACAGAAAGUUGGCUCUACAGUUACACCCCGACAGGAACCCCGACGACCCCAAAGCACAGGACAAAUUCGCAGAUCUGGGAGCAGCUUACGAGGUUCUGUCUGAUGAGGAGAAAAGGAAACAGUAUGAUAUGUACGGAGAAGAUGGACUCAAAGAAGGUCAUCACAGUUCUCAUAAUGAUAUCUUCUCCAGCUUCUUUGGCGAUUUCGGCUUCAUGUUUGGAGGAAAUCGGCAGCAGCAAGACAGGAACAUCCCCAGAGGAAAUGACAUAGUUCUCGACCUUGAGGUCACGCUGGAAGAGGUGUAUUCUGGGAACUUUGUGGAGGUUGUGCGGAACAAGCCUGUAGCUAAAGAAGCUCCUGGCAAAAGGAAGUGCAACUGCAGACAGGAAAUGAGGACGACGCAGCUCGGACCGGGCCGCUUCCAGAUGACUCAGGAGACGGUGUGCGACGAAUGUCCGAACGUCAAGCUGGUGAACGAGGAGAGAACCCUGGAGGUGGAGAUUGAACAGGGGGUGAGAGACGAGAUGGAAUAUCCCUUCAUUGGAGAAGGUGAACCUCACAUUGACGGCGAGCCUGGAGAUCUGCGAUUCCGCAUCAAAGUGCUGAAACAUCCGGUGUUUGAACGCAGAGGAGACGACCUUUACACCAACGUCACUAUCUCUCUGGUUGAGGCUAUGGUCGGUUUCGAGAUGGACAUCAUACAUUUGGACGGGCACAAGGUCCACAUAGUGAGAGACAAGAUCACUAAACCCGGAGCUCGAAUGUGGAAGAAAGGAGAGGGUCUGCCGAACUUUGACAACAUAAAUAUCCGAGGUUCCCUCAUCAUCACCUUCGACGUGGAGUUUCCUCAGACACAACUUGAUGAUCAGCAGAAAGACGGUAUCCGGAGUAUCUUGAAGCAAGGAUCUGUACAGAAGGUUUAUAACGGACUACAGGGAUACUGAACCACUGGGAGAGACAGCCUGGACUGAUUCUUUACUACAACCAUAAGAAUACACUUGUUCAAGUCAACAGGAGUGUGCUCCAGGGUUCUGGUCAUGAUGUAUUUAUUAUUUCCAGAAUGUUCUCAGGACGGUUGAAUCUUGUUAGUUUUUUUUUAUUUUUAAAUCAUCUUGUGAGGAGCAGCAACAGUGUUUUUAUUUAAAUAUUCAAUCAGAUGCAAUGUCUGUGAACUUUCUUUUUUUUUUUUUGCCCGUACAAAGUCCACUGUAACAACAAUUUUUAAAGUUCUGAAACAUAAAACCUGGAGAAGACCUUUUUUUUUUAUAGUAUCAUGACUCCUCCUGCAGGGGGAGGUGCUGAGCUGAGGUCAGACACCUGAAAUGGCUCUACUUGGACCUUAUCUAGUUGAUCCAAACUCAACAGUGCCACUCGUCGAGUGAAUUUGCUCUGCUCUUAAUCUCAGUUCACUGGAGAGGAACAAAACCUGUUUGUUUUUCAUUAGUUUUCCUAAUUUAUGUUUGCUUUUUCCUCCUGAUGGGAGAAGUGUCUCCCUCUGAAGUUCACUGUGGCAAGAGUUGAUCUCUUCAAAUAUACAGUGAGCACAGUUUACUUCCUUUGCCUCUUCAGACCUGAUGGUUCACUGCUCUUUCUUUGCCAUCUCAGACAUUUUCAGAUUUUCUCCCGUUUUUCUCCCUCACUGAUGACUCAAAGGGACUCUGGCCUAAAAUUGUUAUUUUCAAAGGGAUCUUCUCUUUUUAAUGUGACUGCAACGCUGCCUCCCAAAUUUCGAGGGUAAUAAGGUUUUAAUAUAAACUAUUUGGCUGUUUUUACAUGUGCAAGGAGAUGAUGUUCUUUACUGAAAAUAUAAAUAAAGAUUUAUAGAAAUUUUAUUAAAUGUCAUACCACAAAUAUACCACUAGGUGGUACCAGUGUCAUUAAAAUGGCACAGUAACGUCACUCUGUACAAACUAUCUGCAGUAUAGCCUUCAGGUCUUGUUGGACUUUGAAAGCUGCUGUUUCUAAAGCAGAACUGGAGGUUUUUGCUCUGCUACAGUGUCUACAUCUGUUCCUACUGACAAUAAAAUGGCACAGCGCAUCAGGAGGGCUGAUCGGAUCUGAAUGUCAUUUGGUUUACACGCAGAGCUGAGAUGGGUCGAUUUGCAGGGAGC